GGUCACAGAGAAUCCAUGGAAAAGCUUUUCCAAUAUGUAUAUAAUUUGCCACAAGACCAAUUCAACAGUGCAAGACUCCAUCCUCCCUGUGCUGUCUGUGUUGCAGGUACAGGCAGCGGCUCCCUCUCCCACGCCAUCCUGCGGACCAUAGCCCCCACAGGUCACCUGCACACGGUGGAGUUUCACCAACAGCGGGCCGAGAAGGUGGCUGAGGAGUUCAAGGAGCACCGCGUGGGCCACCUGGUCACCGUCAGGAACCAGGACGUGUGCAAAGAUGGGUUUGGAGUGACAGGGGUGGCAGACGCCGUGUUCCUGGACAUCCCGAGCCCCUGGGAAGCGGUGGGACACGCCAAGGCUGCAAUGAAGAAACACGGGGGGCGUCUGUGUUCCUUCUCUCCGUGCAUUGAGCAGGUCCAGAGGACGUGCGAGGCGCUGACACACCAGGGUUUUGAGGCGAUCAGCACCAUGGAGGUGCUGCUGAGAGUCCACGAUGUCAGAACCGUCUCUCUGCCGCUGCCUGACUUUGGUCCCGACGCCUCCGCUCAGACUGAGCCUGAUGCCAGAGAGGAGACGCCUCCCACCUCCACACCAAACCACCCCUCCAUCACCUUGAAGACCACCACACCCCCCAGGGAAAUGCCAGGUCACACAGGGUACCUCACCUUCGCUACCAAACCAAGAACCUAACGCCCAGAAGCCCCAGUGACUUAGUUUUUCUCUAAUAGGGUUUCUAAUCUAGUACAUAAUAAGAGUGUGAUAAUGCAGCGGGGCACCAGGUCCUCCAGGUCCUGGUUGGUUCUGCAGCACCAAGAAGGUUCACAGUCCUGUUUUGCAUCGUGUUGUGCUCCUGUCACUCGGCACUGGUUUGUUGCUUGGAUCAAGCAAGACUGAAAAUCAAGUAGGCAGCGCUUUCCUUUGAGAAGAAUAUCCUCCCCUUUUUAUACAAAUUGAUUUUAAUCGGUGCUUUGAUUUUUUUUUUUUAAGGGGAAAAAUGAUUUUUUACAUUUAUGUAAAUACAGUAAAUGUGUGAAAAGA